AUGGCAUCCCGCAACACACCCGAGACGUUCUUUGACGAGGUGAUGCUACGUGAUCUUGAGGAUCCCGAUGAGACGAGACUCGCACCCCUCGACCAGGCCGGCUCCGCAGCGGACCAGGUCCCUGCAUCGGCUGGUGGUGGCGAAGAAGACGGCGAUGACAAUGACGAUGGCAUGGUGUUUGAGAUGGACGACGUCGAUCUUGACGUCCCUCUUCCGGACGUGAGUGGAAGUGCAGCAGCCAUCCUCAACGUCCACCGACGGUCCGCAUCCCACUCUCACUACCCAGCGGGGACAGCACCGCCCUCGGCCCUCCGAGCACAUAACCGAUCGCGAAGCAGCUUCUCUGGCGCUGCUGCAUCCUCCACCAUAGACGCCCACCCCCACACGCCCAGUGCACGUCCACCUCUGCAGACGUCUUCUCCAUCGGCCCCAACAACAGGCUUGACGACGGAGACUGCGAUGGCGUCCUUCUUGCCCUUCUCGCCGUCCCAGUCGGUGCUCCAUGUGGCGGGUGGUCGCGAAACGUUCAUGGGCUUCCAGCGCGACAGCCACGUCUUUGACACGCCCGCCUUUGCAUCGGCCGUGGCGCGCGCGCACGAUCUGCAGCAGGCGCAGUUCUAUGCCACGCAGCGUCCGUUCAGGGCGGCGGCAUCCAGCCUGGCAGCCGAUCCAGCGACUGGUCCAACGACUGGUCCAGCGACUGGUCCAACGACUGGUCCAACGACUGGUCCAACGACUGGUCCAACAACUGGCGCGCCCGCCAGUGGCAGCCCCGGCCCCCUGUCCAUUUCGAUGCCCAUUCCCAUUCCCAUUCCGGCACCGCACGCGGCAACGUCUCCCCAGCAGCAGCCGCAGCCGCACUAUGUGCCGGGCGAGCUCCAUCCGCACCAUCCGCAGCACUCGCGCUACUACCAGGCAAACCAGUCGAGCCCGAUGGAGCAGGCCGCGAGGCACGCACAGGGAACCAGCGCACAGGGAACCAGCGCCGCCAUGGCAAGCCCCACGCGUCCAGAGCGCCGGCCGUCCCGCUCGACGACAACCAACACGGCUGCCCUUCCACCCUUUGCCGAGCGCGAGGCCCCUGCGUUUUGGUCGACCAACAUGGUCCUGUCCACGACGGAGACGGUCGGCAUCGACCCGGCCGAGCUGGUGAACCCGUGCGUGCCGCUGCCGUUGCCCACGCCGCUGCCUUUGACACCUCUCGCGGUGAUUGAUCAGUCUCUGUCCGAACACAAAGACAUUCUCGAGUCAUGUGCACCGUCCGAGCCCUCGUCCUCACAGACAUUGCAAGCCACUGGCUCUCCGGUCGACGAUCUGGACAGUCUACUGGAAUGGGGUGAUGAGCAGGAGCAGGAGCAGGAGCAGGAGCAGGAGCAGGGGGAGCAGGCGGUGCAGAAAGAGCAAGAGGAGCAGCAGAAGAAGCACGAAGAUCAGGAGGAACAAGAGGAGAAGGAGGAGCAGGAGCAGGAGGAGCACCACCAACAGCAGCUGCAACGGGAGCAUGCGCAAGCCCAGGAGCGAGAGCAAGCCGUGGUGCAGCAGCAGGACCAAGCCAUGCGCGACCGCGAUCAGAUUGCGCGACGCUCGGCCGACAUCGAGCGGCUGCAAGACCUGAUCGUCCGUCAACGCAGCGAAGAGCACCAACGGCAUCGGGCACGCUUGGCCGCGGACGAGGCGAAGGAAGACGAACGCGCCCGCAGAGCGCAAGACGAAGACGAGGCCGCCCGCCGCGAGCGAGAGCAGGACCGUCCGCGUGUCGCUGCCAACAACAACGACAAUAUCCGCUUCAGCAUCCCUGCGGCAGAACGAUCCACUUCGGUCCAGCUCUACGAGUCCUUCAUCGCUCUUCGUGCUGUUCUGCAGAGAGAGGAACGACGGCAGUCCCAGGUGGCCGCUCAGGCAACCCGAGACCAUGCUGUCCAGCCAGUCCCUCUUGCACAGCCAGUCCCUCUUGCACAGCCAGCAUACCCAGCACGCCCAGCGCAGCCGUCGCAACCGUCGCAGCCUGCCCAUCUAUACCAGGCAUCCGAGCCGGGCUUGUAUCCACAGCCACCGCCGCAACAGCACCCGCCUCACUUUGCCGCUGGACUCACAUUGUCUCUGCAAGCAACUUUGCAGGCCGGCAUUCAACGUCGAACGGCCGCUCAUCUGGCACGCGAGCUGGCUGGCGCACAAGCUAGCACCACAACCAGCCAUGGCAGACUGGGUCCGGCGCCCCUUUGGACUCGCCCUUCACGUCCAGUGCCUCUGUCCAUCUCGCCCUUUGGCCCACCGCCGGCUCCCCGCGCACCUCCCCCAGGACUUCCAGGACCUCCAGGACCGCCAGGACCGCCAGGACCGCCAGCACCUCCUCUGCCUCCACGGCCUCAGCCACCUGUGCCCCCUCUUCCUCCUCUGCCUCCUCUGCCAGUGAACCACCCCCUCCCGACGCUGCCUCUCGACUUUCCGUAUCCGCCGCGCCGGUCUCGUUUCGUCCCCUCACCUCUGGCGGCGCCCUUUGUCCCGUCCUCGCAACGCCCAUCCGCUACAGAGGAUACAGGUGCUUCUUCGAGCAGUGCCGACCCGCCCGCACCCAAGCGAUACGAGCCCCUUGUCGUCAACGGCAGCAAGCCCUACAUCUAUGGCUACGUCCCCAACGUGGACCGACACCCCAUGUACCACCCCUACCGGUACUACACGCCCCCCACAGUGCAGUCGGCGCCGCCACCUCCCCCGGCGCAGCAGGAGCCUGCCGCCUCGUUUCCAGUCCAGCACCAGCCCAUCGCUACCAACCAUGGUCAACAGCAUGACUCGGCUGCUUCCACUCCUGAUGUGGUCGUCUCCACCAGCCAUCCUCCUCAGGAAGCAUCGGCCGUGCAUGCACCCACCUCUGGUGCGUCUCCUGUCGCGGACCACAACGCAUCGAUCGCAGAUCAGAUCGAGCCGCUGUCGUCUUCGUCGCCGGCCCCUGCAUCCGUGUCCCUGUCCCAACGCCCUCGUGCUUCGUCGUCGCUGGUUGUGCGGCGCCCACGCACGACGUCGUACCGUUCGUCCCCGCCGUACAACCGCGCAGGCCGGGUUCCCGCCAGCCGAAAUCGACCCCGGGUUCGUCGAGCGCUGCGCACUGUUCGAUCGCGCCGCCGGGCUGAGGCCAGUGCGUCAUCGGUUGGGCAGCAGCCGGGCGACAUCGACGACAUCGACGACAUGGCUGAGAUGAGCGACGAGGAGGACGGCGCCGACCCGACCUGGCCUCCCAUCGCCUUGUCGGAUAAUGCCGACUCGCCGCCGACCUUGUCUUCGGGCCCCCCCUCGCCUGGCGGACUGACCUCCUCGUCCUUUUCGUCGUCCCGCUCGACAGACUCCACGGCGUCGCCCGUCGCCACGACCUUUACAUCGGCAGCGUCCUCCCUUCCGUCGUCUGGCGCGUCUGGCGCGUCCGGCGCGUCCGGCCCGGCCUCUGUGUCGGCCGCGAGCUCGUCGUCGGCCUCCACCUCUCGCUCGACCACGCGCUCGGCGCCUGGUGGCAGCACCACCAACCGGUCGCUUUCGCUCUUUGCCACGACGUCGGCGCCGGCUCCGCUGUCGUCGUCUGCCCCUGCACGCACAGCGCCCGCCCUACCCGACGCCCGUUCGCACCAAGGACGCCGCCUGGCCGACAUGGCUGCGCUGGCCAUGACGCCGAUUGUGCGCCAGGAACCGCGCCCGCAGCGGCCCGUCGUCGAGAAGCAGCAGCAGCAGCAGCAGCAGCAGCAGCAGGCCAUGACGGACAACUGGUCUGGCGACAACCAUCCGACAAGCUCGUCGGCCGCGAUGGAUGCCGAGGCCGGUGGCGACGUGGCGGCUGUCCUAUCGCAGACGGCGGAACCAAUGGCGCUGGCGCGCCGUCCUGAUGCCAUCGCUGACAUCGAUCUCGAUGUCAACAUCGAUGCCAACGUCGAUCUCGACCUUGACACACUUGCAGUGGCACCCGUGGUGUUGGAUGCCGACCUUGAUGCGGGCCAGUACGAGUGGGAAGCGGCCCAUGCGGCGGCCCCUGCCGCUGUCGAGCCGAUUGCCCAUGCACAUGCGCGUCUUCCGUCGACCCGUGCAAACUAUGCGAGUGCUGUCGGCGACCUGGCUAUCACGCCAUCGCUCCCUGUGUCUGUGCCUGUGCCUGUGCCUGUGGCUGUCCCUAUCCCUGCGCCUCGCCCUCGACUUCUCCCCCCCAUUCCUGUGGACGGGCCCCUCUCCCCGGCCCACAUCUUCCUCUUGCGCUGCCCGCCCUCCUUUUGGAUCGACUUCGCCCCCCUCUGGGCCUACCAGAUCAACAUGGCCCGCUACCUCUUCGUCGCCUACAUGGAGCGCACGCGCCUGUCGCUGAAGAACCCGCCGCCGCCGCCGCCGCCCUUUGCGACCUCGCCCCGGCGCCCUCCCCCGCUGCCCCCGCACUGGACGUGGCGGUGCAGCUGCCGCCGCCGGCACAUUGUGGUGCUGAUUCCUGCGUCGCGGAUGGCGGCCGCACCGGAUCCGCAGUGGUGUCGACGGUGUGGGGAUGUGCAGCCGGCACGGUGUGACGACGAGGAAGGCGUGGACGACAGCGAGGACGGUGGCAGUGGUGGUGGAGGUGGCGGUGGCGGUGGAGGUUGUCGUGGUGAGGGUGGAUAUGAUGGUGGUCACGGCGGCCAUGGUCCUGGAGGCGGCUCUGGUGGUGGUGGCUGGCCACCGCCGCCAAUGCCGCCGCGGGCGGAUCAUCAGUACCGGUACUGA